AUGGAUUCCGUAAACGCGAUUCGAUCGCACUCCCAGCACCUCUCCACCUCUUUCAAACGUUUUAAUUCAGCAGAUAGGAUGGCUUGCUCAACAAGCUCCGAAUCGAUACUUAAACGAGCCUCAAUCAUUUGUAAAGCACUCAAAAUGGUAUCCUCCGCGAUUUCUAAAACCCCAUUUCCAGCUGUCGGUAAGGCUAUAUUCUUAUUACUAUUACGAUCUUCAUUCGGUGAAGAAAUCAUGGCAUUAGAAGACGUGAUCCCUUUGUUUGCCUUACUAAUUAUCGAAUCAUUUGCGAGAGCAGAAGCGUCGAUACUGAGCGUCGAGCAUAUUUUACCAACGCGUGCAAAGAUCUUUUUAUUCCUUUUCACCAAAUCACCGCUUCUCUGCGUGAGAGCUCGAAUGCGAAUUUUAUGCGAGGAAAUCGACUGA